AUGGAAAAGAAUGUGGAGCACUUGACUCCUCUCAUGUCUAUCUCUUGUUAUUGGUUCUUAAAUUGUUCUUGGGUAAGGUUGGGUAGAAGGCAUCAAGUAGGCUUGCUUGACGGGGGUAUCUCAGUUGAGCGCCAGUCGUGCUCCCCGAGAUCGGGGCAUGACAAUGGGUCAUGGAACAUAGGUACUUUGACGGGUAAAUCUAUAGAGUUAGCAAAGAUCCCCCAGAAGAGUAAGAUUAGUAUUUCAUGCAUCCAGGAGACUAGGUGGGUGGGUUUUAGGGCAUGGGAUGUUGACGGGUAUAAACUAUGUUAUUCUGGUUGCGUAAGGGGUAAGAACGGAGUAGGUAUUUUGGUGGAUGGAGAACUCCGAGAUCUAGUGGUUGAGGUUAGGAGGGUGAAUGAUAGACUGAUGGCUAUUAAGCUAGUUGUUGGAGGGUUUAUGUUGAACGUUAUUAGCGCCUACACUCCUCAAGUAAGAUUGGGCGAGGAGGUCAAAAGGCAUGAGCUGGAUAAGGUUGUUCAUGGUAUCCUCUUUAAUGAGAAGCUAUUUAUAGGAGGGGACUUCAAUGGCCACAUCCAGUUGUCUUUAGAGGGUUAUGAUGAUGUGCAUGGCGCCUUCAGUUUUGGGGUUAGAAAUGGAGGUGGUUCUUCGCUAUUGGAUUUUGCAAAGGCUUUUGAUUUUGUGAUAGCUAACUCAGGUUUUCAGAAGAAGGAGGAACAUUUGGUAACAUUUCAGAGUAUGGUUUCCAGGACUCGGAUUGACUACCUACUCCAUAGGAGGUACGAUAGAGGUCUUUGCACGGAUUUCAAGGUUAUUCCAGGUGAGAAUAUCUCAACACAACAUAGGCUAUAA